AUGAACAACGAAUUGAUAGUGAUAAAGGAAAAUCAAAAAUUGCUCAACGAUAGUUUUUUCCAGAUUCGACGACUCGCAAAUCUUCAACGACACACAGUUCAGUGUGUUAUAAUGAUGAAUAUGAUUAAUGAGAAGUUGUAUCUCUUCCUGUAUUUUUGGUACGCCAGCUUUACUUCUAGCAGCUUUGGACAGGGAGUAUUAUUUUUUUGUUUCAGGUUCCUUUUCUUAGGUGUAGUAACCAUUAUCAACUUUUUCUACUUCUUCUGUGUCAUGCUUGUGCCAACCCUCAGGGCCAAGCUCGUCCUCUUCAAUAUCGACACUGAGCGCAACCGCGGAUUGUCCCAAGGAGAAAUGAGGCGAUUCAUUCACGAAUGCCUCCAUCCGGACGGAGUACUGUUGCUUCAGUUCGUUCGUGAGCACGUUGGUGGACGUAUAGCUUUCGAUCUCGUCAACAGAUUGUUCGCCAUGUAUGCUGAAAGUGAUGUAAGUUAAGA